AUGGACGAGACACUAUUUUUUCCGUCGCCUAAUUGGUUUUUAGUCUCUAAUUUUGCCGUAAGUAAGAAUCGGUGGAUUGUAUAUGGCGGCCCUAGAAAAAGCAUUUGUGUUUUGGAGCCCACUAAUGAGGAAGAUAAUAUCAUAGCCGGGAACCAAUCUUAUAGAGCACAUGUGGCCUUCAAAGCACAUAAUGACAAAAUAGUAAGUGUAAACAUAUCACCUGAGUUUCCGGUAAAAAAGAACUUUGUAAGUGGUGCUGCUGAUGGCAGUGUCAAACUAUGGAUGCUGGAGAAAGUUAACAAUACCUAUAAAUUUAAAAGUCAUCACAGUCAUGAUGUACAUUUAAUUGAGAAAGAAGAGAUAAUUGGGCUGGGCUAUAGUACCGAAUCCAUUGUUAUAACAGUUGGUGGUUAUGGUAAUAUAGUGAAAUGGGACUUGAGUUCCAAUGUCUGUAAGACAUUCCAAAAAUUUCUAUCUAAAUUCAAACCAACCUCAAUGUCUUGUUCACCACAUAUAGCAUUGAAUGUAGCAGUUGGAACUAAACAAGGUGUCAUCUUUGUACUGGACUUAACAGGUGAGGGAGAGAUAGUAUACAAGGUGCGAAGUCAAGAUGACGAAAUUACUAACUUGAGCUGGUGUCCACAGUAUGAUGUACAAGUUAAAAAAACUCUUGAUGCAUUUGAAAGGUCAUCUGCUGCAUCCAGAUUGGAAGAAGUAAAAGAUAAAACAAAUACUCUUGCCAUGAAUCAAUCUGGUGUAAUAAAGCAACUUCCACAAGACAGUUUUGACGGGUCUAUUGUACAAGAAGAUGACACGUUUGAUAUUUAUAAAGAUCAUGAAGCUAAUGAAUUUGGUCACAAAAAAUACGAACCAGAAAAUAUUGUAGUUAAAAUUAAAGACGCGAAACCUGAAGAAAUAAAUUUCUUAGAAGAGUGUUUGAAGUUGAAAGAAGAUAUAUUGAGAAGACAGAGAGAAGGAGACCCUUCAUUACAAUAUUUAGUGGAAACAAUGGAUAAAGCACAUGUUGCUAAUUCAAGUACUGUGGAAAAUUCAACAUCAUCUAAAGCAAAUGCUAGCGGAAGUGGAACACUGAAAAAUAAGAAAAAAGGUUUUGAAUCGGGUGUACAAAUAUACAAGCAUCUUUUAGCUACUAUUGGAAGACUAGGGAGUGUAAGGAUAUGGUCCAAAUCCGGCAGAAUGGUGGCAUCCUGUGCCAUACCACAUAGUAAUAAAGGCUCUCGAACCAAAUCAAUAAGCUGGCCCACAUUGCUGUGGGCCACGCCCAGCUCAUUGUUGCUGGUCGACGGGAAGAGUCAGUUGUUAGAGUGCAACCCAUUGAAGAUUGAUUGUUAUAAUAAAUUGGAAUGUCGUAUGCUUCACGCAGAGCACAAACGAGGCUUAUACGCUCUCGCGACUGACGCUCCGCGGGUGCAAAAAGUCUACGAUUGCCCAGAGUAUCUCGAUUUUUAUAAAUUACAAGACUGGUCAAUCUAUAGCGUUUCACAAGAUAGAAAUAUUGUCAAAUUUUCGAUGUAUAAAAAGAAGACGGUGGCCAUUUAUAACACCUGCGGCGGAUAUGUGUAUAACGUGCAGUUUUGUCCAUAUGAUGCAGGGAGAAUGGCAGUAGGCGUAGGCGACGGAGCAAUUCGCGUGUGGCAAUCUUCAACAAUAUUGGAAGACGAAAAGAUGUACCCAGGCCUAUUACGGUCGCAUUGGCAAAAAGUUCAGGGCAAGGUGUUGUCAAUAGCCUGGCAUCCUACCAAGGAGAAUUUGCUUGCGUUUGGCACGGCCGAGUCUAGGGUGGGUCUUCUAGAUACAAGCGGCACAAUUGAGAAACCCGCCCGAGUAUUGCACCCGUCGCUGAACGGUGGAGUGUACUCGCUGUGCUGGGGCAGCGACAUGCAGCUGUUUGCCGUCGGCGGCGACCGACUCGUCAUGUACAAUGCUCUCAACCCUGACGCGAGUCCGCGGCACGUGGAGGUGGUGGCGGACGGACAGGCGCUGGCGGUGGGGUCGGUGACGUGGGCGCCGCGCGGCCUGCUGUGCGGCUCGCACAAGGGCGCCGUGGCGCUGCUGCACCCCUCGCUGUUCCACACGCUCGCCCUGGCCUACGUCUACAGUAAAAUGGUCUACAUGAUGGAAUGGCAUCCUCUACAGAUAUCCAACUCUAACAACGAAUCAACGUACAAGAAUCUUAUUGCAGUGUGUUCUUCAGACAAAAAUGGCAAGAUCACAAUAUUGAAAGUAGAGGACGACGAAGAUGGCGGUAAAAAACUAGCUGUUUGGAAAAUAUUGAACGGACACAAGCUGUCCGUGUUACAAUUAGUGUGGAGUCCACACCGGGACGAACUGCUCCUGUCCACAUCGUCAGAUACCACUGUCAGGGUGUGGGACGUGGUGGCGGGCGCGUGCAUCUCCGUGUUCGCGAAGCACGGCGUGCACACGCUGGGCGCGGCGUGGCUGGCUCUGCCGCGCCUGCAGCACUGCGUGGUGUCGGGCGCCGGCGACUACUGCCUGCGCCUCUGGGACUACCGCCGCCACGCGCCGCAAGACCUCGAGCAAGUAACGCACGAAACGUCUACAAAACAUAAGAAAAUCGAAAAGAAAGAGAAGAAGCCGCAACAGGAAGAAGCACAAAAAACUGAUCUCGAUCAACAGGUCGCAACCGAACUGGACACCGUACGAAAAGUGUCCAAAAAGUAUCUUCUACCUCUUAUUCAUAAACAGAUGAAUCCGUGUGGAUUAGACGCUGUCAAAAAAGUUUAUGGAAUGUUUGUCGAUAGUGAAACGACACCCGAGAAUAAUGAUGGAUCAGAUUUUGUAAACAUAUUCGGUAGUGUCAAGCAAAUCAACGAAGUAUUGGAUAAGGAGAUGGCAUAUUUGUUGGAAGCUGAUUUAUUAGAAGCGUGGAUAACGCUGUCGAUCUUCCGCGGACACAUACACUCAACAAUGGAGUUUGCGAGCCAACGGGACAUGCUCUGUCCAUACUUAGUUAAUAUGGCGCCUUGUGUUUCAUUCAAAUAUUGGACAGAGGUGACACAGUUAUACAUUGCACAAAUAGACCGUUUGAUCGCUAAAGGACAAGAUGAAAAAUUAACUGUGGCCAGACACUACGGCGGUGCAAUUUAUAAAAAGGUGACUAUGUUGCUGAGCAUUCACGACGUGAAGGGUGCAGUUGCUGUUCUGAAUGAAUUUAAACUAUUUAAGGAAGCCUAUAUUUUAUGUCGAAUAAGAUACAUGGACAGCAUAGCAGAAGACACUCUGAAACAGUGGGCGAAGUAUAGCCACUUGUGUGGAAAUAUGCGCAUAGCAGCGAUAUGCUAUAUCGCUCUGGGCGAUUUAUCGGAAGCCGCUACCGUCCUUGCCAACAGUUCCGACUUAGAAACACUAAAUUUAUCAAGAAAUCUUGCCAAGAUGUCUGGUAGAGCGAUAUUUGCCGACUACGUAGAAAGUAAAGCUCAAAUUAUUACACCUAAACCAGAGAAAGUUAGCACUGAGGCACUGUUAGAAGAGUUACCCUCGAAAAUUGAAGUGCUUAUGAGAGAUGUUCAAGCCAAAACAAUGUCUUCUAAACCAGAGAAAGAUAACACUGGGGAACUAUCAAAAGAGUUACCUUCUAAAAUUGAAGUGCUUAUGGAAGAUGUCCUAGCUCAAACUAUUUUAUCUAAGAAAGAUGGCACUGAGCUACAAUCAGAAGAAUUUUCAUCUAAGAAAGAUAGAACUGAGGAACUAUCAGAACAGUUACCCUCCCUAAUUGAAGUGCUUAUGAAAGAUCUCCAAGUUCAAACACUCUCAUCUAAACCAGAAAAAGAUAGUACCGAGGAACUAUUAAAAGAGUUACCCUCUAAAAGUGCAGUGCUUAUGAAAUCUCAAACUAUUUCAUCUAAACCAGAGAAAGAUAGCACUGAGGAACUAUCAGAAGAGUUACCCUCUAAAAUUGAAGUGCUUAUGAAAGAUCUCCAAGCUCAAACUAUUUCAUCUAAACCAGAGAAAGAUAGCACUGAGGAACUAUCAGAAGAGUCACUCUCUCAAAUUAAAGACAUCCAAAGUGUUAACUCCCGGACUGAAAAUGGUGAUGAUGAUGAUGAUGAUAUAGGACAUGACUUCGUGACUCUGCAAUAUGAAGAAAUCCCCCAAAAUGAUGAUUAA